GCUGUGUAUUCUGGGAAUACACACAGUAGUUUCAAGAUGGCGGCGAGCAGGAGGCUGGCCAAGGAACUUGACGAGAUUCGCAAGUCUGGAAUGAAAAACUUCAGAAACAUCCAAGUUGAGGAAUCAAACCUAUUGUCAUGGCAAGGGCUCAUUGUUCCUGACAACCCUCCUUAUGACAAAGGUGCGUUCAGGAUUGAAAUCAUUUUCCCCACCGAGUACCCUUUCAAGCCUCCCAAGAUUACAUUCAAGACAAAGAUCUAUCACCCCAACAUUGAUGAAAAGGGACAGGUGUGCUUGCCUGUGAUCAGUGCAGAGAACUGGAAGCCUGCCACCAAAACUGACCAAGUAAUUCAGUCCCUCAUUGCGCUGGUGAAUGACCCGCAGCCAGAACAUCCCCUGAGGGCAGACCUAGCAGAAGAAUACUCUAAGGACCGUAAAAAAUUCUUGAAGAAUGCAGAAGAGUUUACAAAGAAACACGGCGAAAAGCGGCCAAUGGACUGAUCACCUGACAAGAGCGUUGCCCUCUCUCUGUUUCUUUCUCUCCCUCUUCUCCUGUCUCACCUACCUGACCAAAUACUGAUCUUCCUCUUCCCUAUCUGCUACGAUCCUACCCCCACCCCAACACCUUCCUCGCUUACUCUCCUUCCUCCUUGCUCCCCCACACCACUUCUCCCUCCUUGCAGCCCUGGAGCCGCCCAGCUGAAGCUAGGCAGCGGCAGCCUCAGCCUUGCUCCCCAUCCAGGACUCUCUGUGGAUCAGACAGCUUCCUCUUCCUCCUUUUCCUCCUUCUCAGUCAUAAAUUUCCAGACCAUUUCUAACUUUCUACUCUUUCUAAAAGUGAAAAAUGGAAAAAAGAUAUGCUAGGGAAACACAAUGUUCAGAUGAAGAGUUAGAUGGAAAUACUCAGUGAUGUGUUCAUUUUCUGUUGGCAUCCCCCCUAUAUAUAAAAAAAAAUCUUGUUUUAAACAGAUGUCACUUAGAAAUGUUUUUUUUUUUUUUCUGAAGUGCUAUUUUUUGAAGAGCAGAAAAGAACUGGCCAAUUGCUCUGUUUUCCCAAUUUGCCCUGUCAUAUAUCGUCGUUUAACCUGAAACAAAUGUGACAGAAGCUGUAGCUAGGACCUGGAAGUGUGUGCUGAGGGAAACGUUUCCCUUUUUCACCUCCACUGCUUCUAGAAUUGCACUGUACUCUAUGGAACAGUCCUUCUCAAAUCUCCUACCCCACAGUUUGUAACCCACUAGGCCACAUGAACUGAAUUGUUUUUGCUUAAAAUAAGGCUUUUAGAGUGUCAAAGUAAACACAAUUGGUUUCCACUCCAAAUAUCCAGUUACAGUCUGCAGGCCUUGAAACCGAAAUUAGUGCACUAUCCCCAUAUUUUCUUAAAUAAACAUUGGAUGGAUUUUUGCAGCACAGAUCUGUAGCACUCUCAGACCAUGCUGAUAAAACUUUCUGCAUACAUUCAAGCUAUUGUGAUUUUUCUUUUCCUUAGUAAUCCUUUGCUUUUUUCAAUUAUUUUCGUUUGAUUGACACUUUACAUAUGAAAUCGGUCACAAAGUGGGGGAAAUGUGUUUGAAUUAGAAUAUUUCAUGCAUGUCCCCUCUCCCACUGCUGACUACCCUAGUGUUACCACCUAUCCAGUUAGAAACAAAGCCCUUUACCACACUUAGACAUAUUUCAGCUGCAGAUCAGCUGUCAGCUGCCCAGCUGAAAGGGACCUAACUUGUCAGGAUUUGGGGGGAGGGGGGAGCUGGAGAAGGAUGCACUCAGCUUAAAUGAAGCUCAGCUCCUGGAGAUGGUCCUAGAAACAAGCAGCUUGAAGGCAGCUGGGAGAGGGCUGGCUGUCCGGGGAUGUGUCAGGACAUGGAAAGGGACUGCAGUGGCCAAAAAAACCACCAUGUAACAGCUAUUUGAUUUGGUCCCAAUAUUGUUUCAUAAUAAAGAUGGCUAACCACUUGG